GGGUCUGGAUCAUACGGAUGAAGCGUUGAAAGAGGAAGCAUCGGGGAUGCCCCACUACUAUGAAUACCUGCCUCGCGAUACAAAGCAAGUGACACAAAUGCCGGGUGGUCUUUAACUGGAUCGUUCCACAAGGUUUUACUUCGCGUAAAAUUGUGAGUAGAACUCGUCAAAAUCUCGAGGUUCGAAAAAGUGAUUCCCCGUGUGGUUUUCCGUCCGUUGAAUCGCAAAUGACGAUCCUCGGUGUGUGUGAUCGAAAGACUCCGCGCGAGUCAUUCUGUGCUCCGGCGACAUCGAGAUUUGGUGUGUCUAGCGCUCAUCGUUAGAGUCCAAGGUUCGCCUAGUGAUAAUUGUGACAGUGAUUGGUUUAUCGAGCCUGGGAAAAUUCGCGACGCCGACGUCUCCAGUUGAUGGAUGAACGAUCACAGGAAUUGAAAACCGGUUGUCAUCGAAUCAUUGGAGUUUACGGGAUGCGUUUGACAGGUUAUCGGUUCGCUAAGAAAGUCGGACAAAACGCGCGUGAAGAGAAAGCUAUUGUGAUUUUGCGAUCGAGGAAAACCAUGGUCUCUGCUGAUUUUCCUUCGAAUGUUUUUGCUGCACGUGCUAGUGCGACGUUCGAUCUUUGACAAAGGUUAUCGCUUACUGAGGGUACCAGGAUGAUUAGCAUGAUCGUCCAGGUGGCGCUGUUGAUGCACUUCCUGCAGCUGAUCGUCCAAGUAGCCGGUCAAUCGCCGUGUCCCAACUAUUUCCGGUAUAUCCAGGACGAUUUCACGAAUGAAGUGACUGGUUUCAUCGAGAUACCAUCGCCCCCAAAAGGAGUCGCUUUGCACAUAAGCGUCAGUUUAAGCAUCGCUGUUGCAUUGCCCUCGAAAUAUGUUGGUCGACUCGAAUUAGCACAAUCGAGAGAACAAUCGCUGAAAGCAGUGAGGCAGGGCUGGCCCCUGACGUAUAAAAUCCGUUUUCCUCUUCGACGACCGAUUCCUGUCUUAACUGGGUUAUGGUUCAAUAACCAGUUGAUAUGUUCCGGUCAACGUGCAACCGGGCCAAUCGUAACAACAAUCGUUUUGAACCACACACUGUAUCCACCAGGGGUGCUGCCUCUUUCCGAGGACCAAGGGAAUGUGAUUCCAAAUUACCCUAAGACAGAGACUCAGCCUGUACAGCCUGUACAACCUAUGCAGCCUGUACAGCCUGCGGAACCUGUUACACCUGCACCGACAUUUCUCGAACCUUUUUCACCACCGAACAGAGUGAACACAGUGUUAACUGAUACACCCAGACCACCUCCCAACAAGGAUUCUAACAACUUAGAAUGUGGACGUCCCAAUAACACGAACAAAAUUAACCCUUUAGUUGCUGGAGGUAUAAAAACAUCCCCUGGACAGUGGCCCUGGCUGGCUGCAAUUUUUAUUGUUAAAUACGACUUUGAAUUCCAAUGCGCGGGUUCAUUGGUCUCCAAUAAGCAUAUCAUCACUGCCGCACACUGCUUUCAAUUAAAUGACAUGAACCUACCUGUGGGCACCUUGUUGGUGACCUUGGGUCGUUAUCGACUUCGGGACUGGAGAGAACAGGGUUCAGUAAACCGAGAAGUGGCCGAAUAUAAACUUCAUCCUGAUUUUAAUCCGAGUGGCAACGCGGAUGCUGACCUGGCCGUGCUGAUUCUGCGAGAAAGCGUGGAAUACAGCGUGGCGAUUAAACCGAUUUGUCUUUGGUCCGGAUCUAUCAAUCUGGAGAACGUUGUUGGCAAGGCUGGAUACGUGGUGGGUUGGGGACGCGAUGAAUUUGGGAAUCCAUAUGUUCAAGAACCUCGACAGACAAAGGCACCGAUAGUAUCUCAGGAAGUUUGUCUUUGGAGCAACACAGAUUUUGUUUCAUUUACCUCAAACCGAACGUUCUGUGCUGGUUUAAGAAACGGAAGUGGUCCUUGCAAUGGAGACAGCGGAAGUGGUUUUGUGAUGUAUGAUAACAACAAGGAUCGUUAUUUUCUUCGCGGAGUCGUCUCGAGAUCACUUUUGGACGGCAGUACAAUGUCCUGCGAUCUAAAGCAAUACGUCGUCUACGUGGACGUCGCCAAACACUUAGACUGGAUAAAAGAGCAGAUCUCCACGUAGAUUAUUGCGUGAUUACUGAUCUGUAACAAUAAAUAUGCUAGUCGAUCAGCUUUCUUGUAUAAAUUAUUUUAAUGACACCAGAACCCAGGAUAGACUUUAACUUGUAAGAUAAUUUGUACGAUUUGUAAGAUUGAUCAAAGAUAUUUGUAUCACUUUGUGUACCCUCGUCUUAAAAUAUUUUACAUCUUUGUUAUAUUACGAGUAAAUGGAAAGAUCAGAGCGCUUACAGUAAGUCUUCCGGUAAUAUUAAAUAUUCUUGUCUUAAUUAUUUUUUAACUGCGUUUGAUUAAUCGCUUGUGUAAUGCUCUCCGUAUCAGUAUUUAUAUCGGUGAUCGAUUAUAUGUACAAAAGUUUUAUUUAUCUGUAAGAAUAAUGGUGCGUGAUGUAAUUUAAUAGCGCUAUAUUUUAUUCGCAUGCGUACUAUUUAUUAUUGACAUAGUUUUCAUUCAUUACAUUUUGUAAAAUAAAUUUAACACAUAACUCUAUCAAAACGUUUUUUCUCUAUUUUAAUAAUUAUAUUGUAUAUUUCUUUAUUUUUUUCUCGCACAUCUUUCAAUAAUAUUGUACAUAGUUUUAGAUAGAAUUCUGUAGGGAACACUUUGUCACUUACUUUAAGAUCGAUAUAAAAUUGUUUAUAAUAAACGUUUGUACUUUUUCUUACGUUCGUCCGAUUUAUUGUACAAUAAAGUAGUCCUGUUAAGUAUGAAUAAACUAUAUUUAUACAAUUCACGAGCUGUACAAAUAUCCUUACAAAUGAUCUUGAUGAUGUUACGAAUAAUGGCGCAUCGCGAUUAGUAAGAGAACACAAUGAUACGUAUUUCUGUUUAUUUGCAAUUAUACACUCUUACACAUAAAUCAUUUUCUAAAGUGUAAGCGGAACAUAUAAAAUGGAAGAAAAUAAGUGUACAACAAUACAAACUAGAAUGAUAUGUGUAUAUUAUAUAUGCGAUAAAAGAUGGGAAGUAUAUUCGAUUAAAGAGAGACAGUAUCGUGG